UGCAUCCCGGAAGCCUUUUUUACGCUUCGCUUAAGAUAAGGGGAUUCUUGUCAGGAUCUGUUUUGGGCGACUGUGUGUAUUGCGGAGUGCAGCUCCCAGAGACACAUCAAAAGUACGAAAUGGUGAGUGUGCCUUGGGCUUCUGGAAACCUGGUUGUCGUGUGUCCUGGUCCUGAAGAUUUCCCUGGUGCUGAACUGUCCAGUAGAAGGUGGAGUCUGGCACCGCAAUGCCUAUGCCCACGUGCACUUGAAGUGUGCACCCCGCAGGCAGCCUUGAGCCCCGCUUCUACCAUCGUCUCUCCUGGUGAAACUGCUUCAUGGCAAUCCCCAGCACUCUUGGCUAUUCUCUAUAAAGCUGCAAUGAACAUGGAUAUAUAAUUAUCUCUAUAAUAUGAUAUAGAGUUCUCUGCAUAUGUGCCCAGAAGUGGUAUAACUAGGUCACAUGGUUAGCCUUGAACUUAAAGAACACUUGCAUCUGCAUCAUUUUUUUCUGGGAUUAAAGGCUUGCCACCUGAACAUCCCAGACUUCUUGGGUAUAUGGGUGCUGGUUCAUGUCUGGCUACUUCCUGGGGGAAUGGGACGACAUGCAGAGGGGAAUUUGGAGGAGUCAGUGGUCUCAUGCUCAGCAAAAGAUGUAGGAUUAACUCAACAAAAAAAUCAGUUGUUUCCAACGGAUACUGUUCUGAUUGACACAGGAAGGAAAAGAAAGCAAAAGCAGAAAGAACAGCAAUCACUUCCCGAGCCAGUGACCUUUGAGGAUGUGGCUGUGAACUUCACCUCAGGAGAGUGGGCUUUGUUGGAUUCUAGUCAAAAGAAGCUCUACAGAGAUGUGAUGAAGGAAACAUUUUUGAACUUGAUCUCCAUAGAGAAAGCACUAGAAGAAAACAUUGAAGAGGACUAUAAAAAUUUCAGCAGAAAUCUGGGAACCCAGAUGGUUGAGAAAGACUGUGGCUAUGAAUUUGACAGUCAGCACGAUGAAAACAAUGAGCCUAUUCGAGAGAACAUGGUCAAUAAAGAUAUGCCUCUUUCAAUAAGAGUUCAUGAAAGCCCAUUGUACGUAAGAAAUGUCAUUGGUCAUUUAUCCUCAGAUAGGUAUCUCCAUUACCAAACUAGAGGGAAAUGGUCUGAAUAUAUGGAAGCUGUGGCAAAAGCUUUUACACAUCAGAAACACUGGAAAUAUAUAACCCAUUCUGAAUCACUUCAGGCACUUGAAAGUUCUCCAAAAGAGAAACUCUGUAAAAAUCAGCAUUGUAAUGAAGCCUGUAGGAAUCUCCCUUUUGGUCAGCCUCAGGAGAGAAUUCACCCUGGAGAAAAACUCAAUGAAAACAUCUUAAGGAGAUACACAUAUGAUCGGAAUUAUGAAGGAAUCCAUAAAGAAAUGAAAGCAUUUGUAUGUAAGCUCUGUAAAGAAUCCUUCAUUGAUUCCAGUGACCUUAUCAACCAUGAAAAAAGUUGUAUUGGAGAGAAAAGGUACAUUUGUAAGCAAUGCGGGAAAACAUUUAAAGAUGCAAAAUGCUUUGAAAAACAUAGAGUAACUCACAAAGGAAAGAAGCCGUACACUUGUAAGUAUUGUGGGAAAGUCUUCACCAGUUCUGCUUAUUGUAACAUUCAUGAAAGGAUUCACACUGGAGAGAAGCCUUAUGCAUGUAUGCAUUGUGGAACAGCAUUUAGCCGCUCCAGUCAUUUGAACCUUCAUGAAAGGAGUCACACUGGAGUGAAGCCUUAUGCAUGUAAGCAUUGUGGAAAAACCUUCAGCAGCUCCGGUAGCCGUAACAGACAUGAAAGGAGUCACACUGGAGAGAAGCCUUACGCAUGUAAGCAUUGUGGAAAAGCUUUUUCAUGCUCCUCUCAUCUGCACAUUCAUGAAAGGAGUCACACUGGAGAGAAGCCUUAUGCAUGUAAGCAUUGUUCGAAAGCCUUCACCCAAUCUGGUCAUCUGAAUCUUCAUGAAAGGACUCAUACUGGAGAGAAGCCUUAUGCAUGUAAGCAUUGUGGAAAAGGCUUUUCCUCCUCCAGUCAUCUGAACAUUCAUGAAAAGACUCACACUGGAGAAAAGCUGUAUGCAUGUAAGCACUGUGGAAAAGCCUUUAUCCAAUCUAGGCAUAUGAUUCUUCAUGAAAGGAGUCACACUGGAGAAAAGCCUUAUGCAUGUAAGCAUUGUGCAAAAACCUUCACCCAAUCCAGUCAUCUGAAUCUUCAUGAAAAGACUCAUACUGGAGAGAAGCCUUAUGCAUGUAAGCAUUGUGGAAAAGCCUUUAUCCAAUCUAGGCAUAUGAUUCUUCAUGAACGGAGUCACACUGGAGAGAAGCCUUAUGCAUGUAAGCUGUGUGGAAAGGCCUUCAGUGACUCCAGUAGUCGUAACAGACAUGAAAGGAGUCACACUAGUCAGUAGUCUAAAGCUUGUAAGCAUUGUGGAAAAGUCUUCACUAGUUCCAGUUGGCACAAGAGUCAUAAAAACAUUCACACUGGAGAAAAACCCUUCAUUUGUGAACAUUUAGGAAACUGUUUCUUUGCUCUUUUUACUUUAUCAAGCAUCAAAAAAUCUCACAUCGGAAAGGAACUUUAAUCAAUUUUAGCAUUGUGAGAACAUUUUCACCACUUCCAGUUUCUGUAACCUUCAUGCAAGCAUUUACACUGGAAAGAAGUCAGCAUUGUGUAAAGUAAUCACCAGGUCCUGUUGCCAUAAUGUUCUCUAGAAUUCACCCUGAAGACAAGCAUUACAUAUGUAACCAUGUGGAAAAGGCUUUAACAUUUAUAGUCCUAUUAUACUAAAAAAAAUGUUUCCACUGGUGAAAGCUUUUAUGUUUGUAAUAAACGUGGGAAAUAAUUUAUAGUUUUUAUAAACCUUGUCCUUUUAAGGAA